AUGGUCCCUGACAUGAAGUACCAAAAUUCAAGGGAGAAUUUGUUGAAAAAAGAAAGCAGAAAUACCAAGUACUUUCACUCAAGAGCCAACUAUAGGAGAAGAAGAAACCAUAUUGAUUCUCUCAAAGAUGACAUGGGUCCGUGGCAUUCAAAUAGACAAGAAAUUGAGCAACUCCUCAACAUCCAUUUCAGUUCCAUUACUACUUCAUCAAAUCCACAAAGAGAUGAAGAAAUCCUAAGCCUCAUUAGCCCAUUUAUAAAUGAAGAAGAUAAUGCAAGAUUAAAAAAGUACCAGACAUGGAGGAAAUCAAAAAAUAUUGUCUUUCAAAUCAAACCUUGGGUUGCACCAGGACCAGAUGGCUUUCAGGCAGGAUUCUAUCAACUAUGUUGGAACAUAGUAGUGUCUGUUCUUCUCAAUGGAUCUUCUUGUCAACCUUUCACUCCAACAAAAGGAUUACGUCAGGGUGAUCCAAUAUCUCCAUACUUAUUCAUUCUCUGCAUGGAAGGAUUCUCCAGAAUGUUAUGCAAAGCUGAAAGCACAAAGAAAAUUCAAGGCAUUAAACCAAGAAAAUACAACCCAAGCAUUAAUCAUCUGCUCUUUGUAGAUGAUUGCCUUCUAUUUUGCAAAGGAAAAGAUCAAGAAAUAAGGAACCUGCUGAACAUCAUCAACAAAUUCAGUGCUGCAUCUGAACAAGUUUACAAUUUCAAUAAAUCAAGUGUAUUUUUCAAAAAGCACAUGCAACCUCAGAGAGCUCAUCAUAUUACAAAUUUACUUCAAAUGAAGACAAUGGGGUUGAAUGAAAAAUAUCUCGGACUACCCCUCUUCCUAGGUAAAAACAAAAGGGAGAGCUUCAAGCCAAUAGAAGAAAAAGUGCAAAGUAGGUUAAGUACUUGGCAAGGAAAAAUCAUUGAUCAAGCUGGCAGAUCAACUCAAGUGCAAUCUGUGCUAGGUACCAUGGCUAAUUACCAAAUGGGUUUCUUUAAAAUGCCAAAACAUGUAAUUGAGUUCAUUGAUAGAAUUCAAAAAAGAUACUGGUGGAGAGCUGACAACAAGAAAGGAAUGAGUCCAAUCUCAUGGGAUUCUGUGUGCAAACCAAAAAGAUUGGGUGGUAUGGGAUUCAAAAAUACCGUAAAAUUUAAUGAUGCCAUACUUGCAAAGAUGGAUUGGAGGAUGAUUACAGCUGAAAACUCUCUUUGUGCUAGAAUUCUGAAGGAUAAAUACUUCCACAACAAAGAACCUUUGUGUGAUGAAAUUACAACACAAGGCUCAUGGAUCUGGAAGAGCAUUUACAAAGGACUGCAGAUUGAUAAGAAGUAUUAUGUGUGGUCUAUUGGAGAUGGAGCCAAGAUAAAAAUAUGGAAACAUAACUGGAUUGCAAACAUAACUCAUACACAUCUCACAAAUGCUUCUCAACAUUAUGGUGAUAAUGAUACUGUUCAGAUUUUAAUCAAGAAAGAACCCAAACAGUGGGAUAUUCAAAGUAUAAAUCAGAAAUCCAGUCACACUGAGAGCAGGAAAAUUCAAGAAAUAAGAAUCCCAACAAAUGCCAGGGACACCAUAAACUGGAUCUUAACAAUAAAUGACACUUUCACUGUCAAAUUCACUUAUAAAGAUUUGAUACAAGAAGUCAAUGGAGACAACAUAAGCAGUGAAGCACAAAAACUCUGGCUAAAGAUAUGCAUUAUCAUGAGCAUUAGAAAUUUCUGCACUAAGCAUAACAUUCUAGGUGGAGAGAAUAAUCAUACUAGCAGACAUCAUGCCAGAAUAACUAAGAAAAAAUGGGAAAAACCUCCUCAAAACUGGUUGAAAUUAAACUUUGAUGCAACUUUUGACAAGCAUUCUAAAACUUGUGGUAUUGGUCUAAUUCUAAGAGACUGUGCAGGAAAAUUUCUGGAGGCCAUGGUGAAAGUGACAACUUCUAGAUAUGCUGAACAAGGGGAAGGACUAGCACUUCUAGAAGCAGUAGAGUAG